AUGGAGUUCGAAUGGGACUCCAGGCCGGCUCAGCACCGUGUCAACCAGCGAGCUCACUGGCAGGACCACCCGCCCCCUCCUGUCUCCUUCUCCCCCCAGACGUCCCCCGCCUCCCUUGUCUCCCAACGCCGCCGUUCCUCCGCCGCCAAUCCACGCCCUGCAAACCCGCCUCCAAAUCUCCCCAUUCCAAGUCUCCCAGUCUCCUCGCCCGUCUCCCAGCCGCCAUCAUUCAACGCAGAAGUACACGACGUACCCGUAUAUUCAUCCAGCCCAUCCUCGAUUUCAAGGGGUAGCCGUUCUAGCUCCUUCGCUAGACCCGCCGCAUCCCCAAAUCUCUCAGCCGUGGCAGCUUUUUCACAGGCCCGCCAGGCGUCGUCAUCAACUUCUCACAAUUCGCCUCCGUCUAUGACCUCCUCAAUUGAUGAUCUCUCCGACCCACCCCCUCAGUCGUAUCUACCCUCAUCAUCCUCUCGCCAUUCUGAUCGGACUCAAGAACCUCAUGCACCACCGGACAGAUCUCUCCUCGUCCCUCCAACAGAGCAUUCACACCGUUCCGAGCACAGACCGUCCUCCCGACGUGCGCUGACGCGGGCCCUCGAACUUGCCCGCGAGGCGGUUCAGCUCGAUUCUACCAAUGACAAUCCAGAAGCAGCUGUAAAUGCGUAUGCGCAGAGUGUCGCAUUGCUCAGUGAAGUAAUGGAACGGGUGCGGAAUGGCGAAGAUAGUACUUCAGACUCACAUAGGAGACGACGACGUAGAAGUGUCGCCGCUCAGGAAGAGGAAGUAAGACGAUUGCAGAAUAUUCACGAUACAUACGCAGAUCGGAUGAAUAUUCUCAGCAUCAUCUACAGCAUACCUGCCGUGCCCUAUCCAGCAUCAUCAUUGUAUUCUAAUGCAGUCUCCGACUCGACGACAUCAAAUUCGCCAACGACUUCAGCUUCUCCUUCCUCAGAUAAUUCGCCACACAUACCACAACAGACCUAUACCCCGCACAUGCCAGAAGAAUCCGAAUCACAUUCGAACAGUACUACAGACUACUUCCAGGAGACUGAUCCUUCAGAUGCUGUCUAUCUUGACGAAUCAGUACUUAGAGGCUCCACUAUCUCAGGUCUUCCUUCUACGCAACACCCAUAUUCUGGACAAUAUGAUCCUCCCCCUCAAUCCCAAGCCGCAUCUCGCUCUUCCAUUUCCGCACGAAGGUUACGAGUAUCUUCAAAUCUCCCACCAAAGCCACCUCCCCCCGCGAGUUCAUUACCUCCUGCACCGACUGUUCAGGAGCCUCCCUCAGAGCCUCCUGCCCAAACGUCUUGGCGACAAGAACCGCAAGCGCGUGCUUCUGAGCCCACAGGGCACAGACGAACACCAUCUGGACUCGGGGCGUUGGAAGAAGAGAGUGAAGACACACAGCGCUUGGAAAUUCGGUCUAAAGAUGAUGGUUCAGAUGCCCAGAAGUUCAUUGCUGAGACCCCACGCAACGCAAAACGAGAAUCUCCGCCCUUACCUCCGUUACCAACGACACCAGACGCCACUGGAACUCCUCGCACUAAGCCGCUUACGAGACCGCCUCCAUCACCGAGAUUGGUCAAUGUCAUUGUACCGCGCCAAAGAGGCUCCUCACAAUUGACGACCCGUAACGAACUGGCCAAUGUCCCACAAAUUAAUGCCACAAGUCAGGGGGCCAUCUUCCAGCGGAGAAAAACAUCGGCACCUCCCAGCGUGCGCUCUGCUUCACCUUCUGAAUCAGUCACUUCCGCAGGUUCGAUUCCACCACCGGCAGUGCCUCCUCCACCCAUAGCGUCCACCUACAGCAACGGGAUCAUCGCAGGCAGACACCGAUCAUCGUCUCAGCCAGGCCGUAGGCCGUCAAUAGUUGGUGGACGCGUGUCUCCUGAUCAACGGCCUCCUUUACCCGCCACGAAUGCUGUCAAUGGCGCAGGACGGAAGGUGUCUGUACCAUCCAAGUUUAACCCGGCGUUGUCGACUCUACAACUCGACCCUUCUGCGCUCCAAAGCAAUUCUAUCGGCUUUCCGGCCAAUCUUCCAACAACUCCCACCUCUCCUCUUCCCCCAGCACCACCUUCCGACCCUCUUCUCAAACCAUAUCAUAUGAUGCACCUUCUAAGAACCACCAUGGUCUCACCAACAGGUGGCUACGUGACUCGUCGAUUGCAUGUGCCCUGUGAGGUAUGGUCUCAAGGAGGAGCAAAGUUGUCGAACCUGGAUGAGAAGAUCAGAGUCGUCACGAUUUUGUGCGACGCUUUGGAAGACCUCCAAUCGAGUAGCGCUGAGUACUUUGGUGCUGGUAGCAUAUCAAGUGGGCUCGCUCUUGGAAUUGGGAGCAUUGGGAGGAAAGAAGCUGAAGCGUGGCUAUCAAAACUCGAGGACUUCUCCAACGUAUGUGUUGGCGUUGUAACGAGUUUCGGCAAGAAAUUGGGCGUGGGGGAGGGCUUCGUUUCAAGGAAAACGACGCUGGGUGAUAAGAUAACCCGCCGACUCGAUAAAUUCACCAACGGAAAGAACCUUGAUUCGCCGACGGUGUACGUGCAAGGCCUCAGGAAAUUGUUUUCGCACGUGCAGCUGCUAGACGAACAUACACGCGCAUUCCUAUCCCAACCUGUUGCUCCUGCAUAUGCUGCAUUCCCUGUGGAUAUUCGCGCCUCUGUAGAGCAGAAACUGAAGAGGUUCUCAGAAUUCUUCGCCACGGUCGUUCUCAGUUUCGUCAUUCGGGACCUUUCACAAUUAAUCGACAAGUAUGUCAAGCAAUGCGAAAAGCUGUUGUUGGAGUAG